AGUCAGUCUUGCUUCCGAAUCAUCUUUUAACUGCCUCACUUCCUGCUCUGAACCUCCGCUCGGAGCUUUUCAAUAUAUCUUUGUUUUGCAUUACAUUGUUUUAGUUUGAUCAGAACUAGAUUGAAUCAUGAAUACAGUACUGUCGAGGGCGAACUCGCUCUUCGCCUUCUCUCUCAGUGUGAUGGCAGCUCUCACUUUCGGAUGCUUUAUUACCACAGCCUUCAAAGACAGAAGCAUACCGGUGGAUAUACACGUAUCCAAAGUCAUGAUUAAAAAUGUAGACGACUUCACCGGACCACGAGAGAGGAGUGACUUGGGCUUUGUGACAUUUGACAUUUCUGCUAAUCUGCAGCCAAUAUUUGACUGGAAUGUAAAAGAGCUCUUUCUUUACCUAACUGCUGAAUAUUCAACCAAAAGCAAUGCACUGAACCAGGUGGUGCUAUGGGACAAGAUUGUCUUGAGAGGUGACAACACCAAACUAAAUCUGAAGGAUGUUAAAUCCAAGUACUACUUCUUUGAUGAUGGGAAUGGUCUAAGGGCGAAUAAGAACAUCACUCUUACUCUCUCAUGGAAUGUGGUGCCAAAUGCUGGAAUCCUGCCAUUGGUCAUGGGAUCAGGACACAAGAGUAUGGCCUUCCCUGAAACAUAUGAAACAUCAAAGAGCUACUGAACUGUUUCAGUCCAUCCCAAGCCAUAUUUGUAAAUGUUGUGCUCCGUACCGGUUUUAAUAAAAGUUGACAAAUUGUUUUAAGGAGUGACUUGUUUAAGGGGGUUAUGAAAAUAAUUACAACUUGUAUAUUUAACGGUAUAUGACUAAUUUUU